AACCUUCCAUCUUAUUCCUGCGGGCAGAUCUUUGUCAGCAUUCUCUUAAGAAAGACUAUGUGCAGAUGCAGCUUUGUUUUUGCAUCAGAACUCACAAUAAAGAACAUGGUAUUAGAAGAUCAAUCAGCUUUAUACAAUAAUGCAUGUUACUGCACAAGUCCAGUCAUCUGCAGUUGACUUUUCUCUGGCGAUUUUUCUCUCUGGUCGUCUGUCUUCUUAUGCUGAGACUUGCACUGCAGAAGCAUUUGCAGUGUUCAUCUGUGACCGACCAGCCAUGGCGCAGCACAGGUGGAGCUUAUUCUCUGUUGUCAUCCACCUUUCAUUUGCAGCGAUGGUGAUUCCUCUGGUGAGCUCGCUCUCCUUCAACUUCCCUAGUUUCAGAGAGGACGACCAAUCAUUCCAUGAAGAGGCCGAUGCAUCCUUCAAUGGCACGGUGAUCAAUCUUACGCGGUACCCCAUGCAGUAUGCCACCGGCAGAGUGGUGUACAACGAGCCGCUCCUCCUGUGGGAUGCCGACACAAGAAAUCUGACUGAUUUCACCACUAAUUUCUCCUUCAUCAUCGAUUCCGUCAACCAGUCGUCGUACGCCGACGGCCUGGCUUUCUUCCUGUCGCCUUAUGGUUCCACCUUUCCUACCUAUUCGAGGGGUGGCUUCCUCGGCCUCUACAGCAACAGCUCCAUGGACAAUACGACCGUCAAGACGGUGGCGGUGGAGUUCGAUACCUUCUCUAAUGAUUGGGAUCCGAAGGGAGAUCAUCUUGGAAUCGAUGUCAACUCGAUCAUAUCAAACAAGACGGUGCCGUGGAACAGCCGUGUCAGGGAUGGCAGACGGGCAAAUGCAUGGGUGAACUACGACGCCACCACCUUCAAUUUGAGUGCCUUUGUAACCUACGGAGAAGAUCAGCUCUCCAAUGGCAGUACCAGCCUAUCCCUCACCGUUGAUCUGCGAGAUUUCCUGCCGGAGAGGGUAGCGGUUGGCUUCUCGGCCACCACCGGCAACUUGACUGAGACGCACACCCUUCUCUCUUGGUCUUUCACCUCAACCAUGCAAUCCCCUGAAGAAAGCAGAGGUAACAAGAAGCUGGUUGGAAUUGUGGUCGCUGCUGUUGUCGGAGUUGUUGUCGUGCUUGGUGGCUUACUCUGGUUCUUGUUAUGGAGGAAGAAGGCCACUGCUAGGACCGUGAGAAGCCAAGGUGGCACUGGAAGAGUUGUGGGAGCCGAAGAUGGUGUGGACAGUGAUGACACGAUUGAUGAUGAGUUCGAGAAAGAAGGGAGGCCGAAGAGAAUUCCUUACCAGGAGCUGGUCCACACGACGAGGAACUUCUCCGAGGAGGGGAAGCUUGGCGAGGGAGGAUUCGGGUCGGUCUACAAAGGCAAUCUGGAUGGUCUCGACGUUGCCAUCAAAAGGAUCUCCAAAGAUUCGAAGCAGGGAAGGAAGGAGUACGUCUCCGAGGUCAAGAUCAUCAACCGGCUGCGCCACCGUAACCUGGUGCGCCUGAUCGGUUGGUGCCACGCCCGCGGCGAGUUCCUGCUCGUCUAUGAGUUCAUGCCCAACGGGAGCCUCAACUCCCAUCUCUACAGGUCCGAGAACCCCCUCGGGUGGCCGGCGCGGCACAAGAUCGCGUUGGGCUUGGCCUCCGCCCUUUUCUACCUCCACGAGGAGUGCGAGCCGUACGUGGUUCACCGCGACGUGAAGCCCAGCAACGUCAUGCUCGACUCCGCGUUCAACGCCAAGCUCGGCGACUUCGGCCUCGCCAGGCUCGUCGACCAUGACUGCGGCCUUCGGACCACGAACCUGGCAGGCACGUUGCCGUACAUGGCUCCCGAGUACCUCCACAACGGCACGGCUAGCAAAGAAUCCGAUGUCUACAGCUUCGGAAUCGUCGCGCUGGAGAUCGCGUGUGGGAGAAGGCCGAUGGAGGCAAUGUUACUUGCCGCAUGGGUGUGGGAGCUCCAUGGAAGGGGAACAGUCCUUGAAGCAGCUGACAAGAGGCUCAAUGGCAACUUCACGGAGGCGCAAAUGGAGCGGUUGAUGGUGGUAGGAUUAUGGUGUGCCCAUCCCGACCAGACUCUCCGGCCGUCGAUCAAGCAGGCCAUCAACGUGCUCAACUCCGAGGCGCCAUUGCCGAAGCUUCCUCCGAGGCGGCCCAGGCCGGUCUACCGCCACCCUUCCGACGACAUGGCCGCCCCUGCAACUUCGUCCAACUUUAUGACUGCAACAUAUUCCUCCGCAGGUGCAGGUGCAGCUUCAGCUUCAGCUUCAUCUUCUGCAAGUGCAGCUUCUUCUUCUUCCGAUGUGAAACCACCGACUGCUCCGAACUCUACAAAUUCUCUCAACAUUAGCAUCUCUCCGACUUCGACGUAUCAGAAGAUUCACGAACGGAUGCUGCACAAAGUUGACGUGUAACAUGCUUCAUUGGUAGUAAUGAAGUUCUUCCAUUGUAGUAAUGUUAUCUGCACUUGGCGAACUUGUAUCAGAAAGUGUUUUGCUCAGUUCUUCCAUUGUAGUAAUGUUAUCUGCACACACUUCAACCAAAUUUUGCCUUUGAUUC